AAGGAGAAGGAGUACUGUUAUGAUUAUAGAUCAUGGUGUGAUCUUCCUGAAGAUAUACUAAGCUUGAUAAUGGAGAAGCUGGAUUUCAAGGACCAAGCUCACUUCCAUGCUGUCUGCAAAAGAUGGCAACUCGUAGAAGCACCUGCGUAGCUGUAAAAUCAGGUUGGUUGCUACUCGUGAAAACAUGUUGCGAAGCUUAUUAUCUGUACAAUGCAGUCACUCAAGAGGCUAUUUCUCUUCCCAGAAAGAAAAUGUUAAGAGAAUUCGGUAGAUCCAUUAAUGAUUGCUUCAAUUACUUUGAACUAAGUCUCGUCCAAGAACGACGAGGACGAGGACAUUUCGUAGUGUAUCAGGUUGACAAACACAUCGAUUUCAAAAACUUAAUACUCAUAAGCACGUGGCGUAGUGCUGAGAAAGGUAAGUGGAAAAGUAACAAGUUUGAACUAGGUGAGGAGCUGAAUCUUCUCAACGUAAAGUACGUCAAGAAAACUCUUUAUUGUGUUUUCAGUAAUGGAACAGUGCAUGGUUUCAACGAUAAUGAUAUGAGUUUGAGUGUGGUUGUGAAAUCAGAGAACAUCCCUGAAAAUCUGUGCCAAGAUUUCACGAGUGGAGAGUUGAGAAUACUUGAAGCUAAAUUAGUAGCUGAUUUGGAAGCAGAAGAGGUUUUCCUAGUGUAUCCCAAUAAUAAUUGGCUCGUUUUGAGGUUAGAUUGGUCGAACCAUACGUGGGUUGAAGAAAUGAGUUUGGGCUGGAGAGUGUUGUUUUGUUUCCAUAAACAUUUUGCCAAAUCUGAUGUUUCGAUGCUCUCAAACUAUGGCAACUUCAAAGGCUACAUAUGCCAUCGUAAUGCUGCUUCACCUAACUUCGAUUGUUUUCCAUUCAUUAGAGGCUGCCCUAAUAAUCUCAAUGACCACUCUAAUGAUGGGUUCAAAAUUCGGUGGCCUCUCCACUCGCCUGAACAUCUCAUGGAAGCAUUUUGGUUUCAUCCACCUACUAUAUAGAUAAUUAAUAUUAACUAAUAUAGUUAACAUAUAUUAGUUUCAUAUUUUUGUAGUACAAUAGUACCAAAUAUUAUGUAUAACGACGUAUUAUUGGAUGGAAUAGAAAAGGCUAUUUAAGGUAUUA